AGAGAGGAGGGGCUGUCCAAGUAACUUAAUACCUGUCCAAUUCAUGACUUUCUUUUGGGGGGGGGCUGUAACUAGCUCAACUGCCCUGACAAGUGGUGAGGUUAGCACACAUGAGCAGGCAGCGAGAGAGGAGACAGUCAGACAGACAGACAGGGCUCCUUAUCGUCAAGUGCAAGAAAAGAAGAAGAAGGCAACGUAUCCUCCUCCCCACAUGGAAGAAGGAUGGAAGUGAGCCGCGGCUCGCCACCUGCCGUCAGGAGCUCAGAGGCCGAGAUGGGGCCGGAGUGUCCGCCGCCGCCGCAUGAGGGAGUCCCGACGGCCCCGGGGAGCCUUGCCAAUUUGGAUGCCUUCCCGCCACGGGACUUUCGAGGCAAGUUCAAGAAGAUGCGGCACAAGAAGAGGCCCACCAUCCUUGAAACCUCGCCCGUGGGCAAUGGCUACAACAAGCCGCCCCUCCCGCCGGUCUGCAGUCCUCAAGGGGAGAAGGGCCCGACCAUCUCCGUGCCCAUCAGCGUGGACCCGGAGAGCAAACCGGGAGAGUACGUGCUGAAGAGCCUCUUCUCCGCCUUCGCCACCGUGUCGGAGCGCAAGAUCCGCGUCAUCAUGGCGGAGCCGCUGGAAAAGCCGUUGACAAAGUCUCUUCAGAGAGGUGAAGAUCCUCAGUUUGACCAAUUGAUAAGCACCAUGAGCUCCUUGGCCGAGUACUGCCUUCCCUCCAUCCUGCGCACGCUCUUCGACUGGUACAAACGGCAAAACGGCCUGGAGGAGGAGCUGCGCGAGUACCGGCCGAGAGCCAACGCCAAGUCCAGAAACGAUGAGCAGCAGAGGGAUUAUUUACUUGAAAGGAGGGAUUUGGCAAUCGACUUCAUCUUCUCCCUCGCGCUCAUAGAAGUGCUGAAGCAGAUGCCGCUGCACCCCGUACUCGACGGCUCGGUCAACGAGAUCAUCGCCUUAGCCUUUAAGCACUUUCGCUACAAAGAAGGAUAUCACGGUCCCAACACUGGCAACUUGCACACUGUGGCCGACCUUUACGCUGAGGUCAUCGGAGUACUGGCUCAGUCCAAGUUUCCCGCCGUGAAGAAGAAGUUCAUGACGGAGCUGAAGGAGCUGCGGCAGAAAGAGCAGAGUCCAUAUGUAGUCCAGAGUACCAUUAGCCUCAUCAUGGGGCUGAAGUUCUUUCGAAUUAAGAUGUACCCCGUUGAGGAUUUUGAAGCUUCCUUCCAGUUCAUGCAGGAAUGCGCCCGAUACUUCCUGGAGGUUAAGGACAAGGACAUCAAGCACGCAUUGGCUGGGCUCUUUGUUGAAAUUCUGGUUCCUGUUGCGGCAGCGGUGAAGAAUGAGGUGAACGUUCCCUGCCUGAGGAACUUUGUGGACAGCUUGUACGACACAAGCCUGGAGCUGUCGGCCAGAAAGAAGCAUUCGUUGGCUUUUUACCCGCUGGUGACCUGCCUGCUGUGCGUCAGCCAGAAGCAGUUCUUCCUCAACAGGUGGCACAUCUUCCUCAACAAUUGCCUCUCCAAUCUCAAGGUAACGUGUCGAAUACGAUGGGCGGAAGGAAGGUCGCGUGUCGCCAUUCCCCACCCUGUCUUUGCCUCGCAGAGUCGAGACCCCAAGAUGGCUCGCGUGGCGCUGGAGUCUCUCUAUCGCCUGCUGUGGGUCUACGUGAUCAGGAUCAAGUGCGAGAGCAACACUGCCACGCAAAGUCGCCUCAACACGGUCGUGGGCACGCUUUUCCCCAAAGGAUCCCGCAGCGUGGUGCCCAGAGACAUGCCUCUCAACAUCUUUGUCAAAAUCAUCCAGUUUAUCGCACAGGAAAGACUUGAUUUUGCCAUGAAAGAAAUUAUUUUUGAUCUCCUGUGUGUGGCGAAACCCGCAAAAGCCUUCGGUCUUAAUCCGGAGAGAAUGAAUAUCGGUCUGAGAGCCUUCCUGGUGGUGGCCGACCGACUUCAGCAGAAGGACGGCGAGCCUCCCAUGCCCAACACCGGUUGCACUUUACCUUCAGGGAACACGCUACGAGUGAAGAAGACCUACCUGAGCAAAACGCUCACGGUGGAGGAGGCCAAAGUCAUCGGCAUGUCGCAGUAUUACUACCCCGUGCGAAAGGCCUUUGACAACAUCCUGAGACACCUGGACAAGGAGGUGGGACGCUGCAUGAUGAUGACCAACGCUCAGAUGUUCAACAAAGAGCCCGAGGACAUGAUCACGGGUGAAAGGAAGGCCAAGAUUGAUCUGUUCAGGACGUGCGUGGCAGCCAUUCCUCGCUUGAUGCCCGACGGGAUGUCAAAGACUGAGCUCAUAGACCUGCUCUCCCGACUGACAAUCCACAUGGACGACGAGCUCCGACUCAUCGCUCAGAACUCUUUGCAAAGUCUGUUGGUGGACUUCUCGGACUGGCGGGACGACGUGCUGUUCGGGUUGGCCGGCUUCGUGCUGCGCGAGGUCCACGACAGCCAGCGGGGGCUGUUGGACGCCUCGCUCAAGCUGCUGCUCCAGCUGCUCGCCCAGUGGAAAGCGACGGCGGCGGCGGGGAGGAGCUACGACACGGCGAAGGUGCACACUGCCGAGCCGGCGCAGACGAGCUCCAACGUGAAGACGGCGGCCGAGCGCGGCCCCCACGCCGCUGUGUUGCACGCCGUGGAGGGUCUGGCCCUCGUGCUGCUCUGCUCCUGCCAGCUCAGCACUCGAAGGCUCGCCGUCGCCGUCCUCAAGGAGAUCCGCGGCCUCUUCGCCGCGCUCGGGCAGUCUGAGGACGACGAUAAACCGGUCAUUGAGGUCAUGGACCAGCUCGGCCCCGUCAUCGUCGACAGCUUUGUCAACGUUGUCGUCUCUGAUGCGGCCAACACAUGCGCCGGCCCCCAGGCGGACCUCCAGUGGCUCGCCGAGUGGAACGCCCGGCUGGUCAGCAGCCACUACGACAUCGGCAGCCCGUCGCACGUGUGGAUCUUGGCGCAGUCGGUGAAGGAGCCGUGGGUGCUGUGUCUGUACAGCCUGCUGAGACAGGAGCACCUGCCCAAGCACUGCCCCGCCGCUCUGGGCUACGCGUGGCCCUACGCCUUCGCUCGGGCGCAGAUGCUCAUGCCGCUGAUCGAUCCCAAUAACCCGGCAAACGCAAAGAAGACGGGCAGCACCUCGGGCAGCGCGGACAACUACGUGACCCUGUGGAGGAACUACUUGAUCCUUUGCUUCGGGGUGGCCAAGCCCAGCGUGAUGAGCGCCGGUCACCUGAGAGCGUCGACAUCCGAGAUGGCCGCGGCCACGCCCGAAAGCGCCGCCGGCUGCGACAAGGGCAUCCCAGGCUGCCCAUCGGUGGCUUGGCUCCUCAAGCAGUUGGUUCCCCUCAUGCGGUCGGAGAGCGCGGAGCUGACCGAGGCCUUAGUUCUGGGCUUUGGCCGCACCAACUCCCUGGCCUUCAGGGAACUUGUGGAGGAGCUGCAUCCGCUCAUGAAGGAAGCACUGGAAAGAAGACCUGAGAACAAGAAGCGGCGUGAGCGCCGGGACCUUCUGCGACUUCAACUGUUGCGCAUCUUUGAGCUGCUGGCAGACGCGGGCGUCAUCAGUGACAGUACAAACGGGGCUCUGGAGCGUGACACUCUGGCCCUGGGCGCCCUCUUCCUGGAGUACGUGGACCUGACGCGGACGCUCCUGGAAGGCGAGAACGACAAAGACGCCGAGAUCCUCAAGGACAUUCGAAUUCACUUCAGCGCCAUGGUGGCCAACCUCAUACAGUGUGUGCCAGUGCACUACAGGCGCUUCCUGUUUCCGCAGCAGAGCCUCCGACAUCAUCUCUUCAUCCUCUUCAGUCAGUGGGCGGGGCCCUUCAGCAUCAUGUUCACUCCCUUGGAGCGCUACAGUGACAGAAAUCACCAGAUCACGCGCUACCAAUACUGCGCCUUGAAGGCCAUGUCUGCCGUGUUGUGCUGCGGCCCGGUCUUCGACAACGUGGGCCUCUCCCCGGACGGCUACCUCUACAAGUGGCUGGACAACAUCCUAGCCUGCCAAGACCAGCGGGUCCACCAGCUGGGAUGCGAGGUGGUCAUCCUGCUCCUGGAGCUCAACGCCGAGCAGGUCAACCUGUUCAACUGGGCCGUGGAUCGCUGCUAUACGGGCUCCUACCGGCUGGCCUCGGGUUGCUUCGAAGCCAUCGCGGCCGUGUGUGGCAGCAGAAACUACCCAAGCGAUAUGGUGCCGCUGCUCAAUCUGGUUCUCUUCAAGGCGUCCGACGCCGACAGAGAGAUGAAUGAGAUCUCCAUGCAACUGAUGCAGAUUCUCGAGGCCAGGCUGCUGGUGUACUCCAAGAAGUUGGCUGGGCGGAAGCCCAACGGCGUCCUUCACGGCACUCACGCGCCGUUGCCGCCCCUCUACAGCCUCUCCCUCCCUCAGCUCUCCGGCCACUUGGCCAGAAUGUACCCCGAACUCACCCUCCCUCUUUUCUCAGAGGUUAGCCAGAGGUUCCCGACGACCCACCCCAACGGGAGACAGAUCAUGCUGACUUAUCUCCUACCCUGGCUCAGCAACAUGGAGCUGGUAGAUAGCGGCCAGCCGCUCCCGACCUCCGCGCCGUCUUCCUCCGACUACGACACCUUUACGAGAGGGCGCGCCUCCGCCCGGCAACAUCUGAGCGGCACCGGCUGGGGCUCCUUGCAAGCCACGUCCAUGGUGCUCAACAACCUCAUGUACAUGACGGCCAAGUAUGGAGAUGAUUUACCAGGAUCUGAAAUGGAAAAUGCCUGGAAUGCUUUGGUGUGCAACGAAAAGUGGAGUCACAACCUGCGAACGGCGCUGCAGUUUCUCAUCAGCUUAUGCGGCGUCAGCAGCGACACCUCCCUCCUGCCAUUCAUCAAGAAGGUGGUGAUCUACCUCUGUCGGAACAACACCAUGGAAACCAUGCAAGAGUUGGUUUUGGAGUUGCAGCAGACAGACCCGGUCAACCCGGUGGUGCAGCACUCCGACAGCCCGCCCUUUUAUCGCUUCACGGCCACCAGCAAGCCCGUCGCAGGCAACACGCCGUCAGGAACCACAUCCAGUCCCAAUACCGUGGUGGCAGGACAGGAGAGCUUCACAGAUGCAGAUGAACGCAAGUCAAAGGACAACGAAGAGAGGCUUAGUCAUGCCAUGCAAGCUCACCACCGCCUGGACUCUCGCUACAGCAACAGCUCGGGAGGAUCGUACGAUGAAGACAGGUGUGAACCUCUUCCCCCUUAUGCUGACUGGUUGAUGGGCGUGCUUGAAAGCAACCAUCCCCAUCCUCUCCCCAUGCCUCUCAACGGCGGCUGCUGGGCUCCUCUGGUGGACUUCCUGCCCGAAACCCUCACCCCGAGAGGGCCUCUACACAGGUGUAAUAUAGCAGUCAUAUUCAUGACAGAGAUGGUGGUGGACCACAGCGUGAGGGAAGACUGGGCCUUGCACCUCCCGUUGCUGCUGCACGCCUUAUUUUUGGGCAUGGACCACUACCGUCCGGAGGUACAUGAGCACUGCAAGCAUCUCCUCCUCCACCUGCUCAUGGCGCUGUCCUGCCGCCGCAACUUCCAGGCCGUCGCUUCGGUGCUGCUGCGGACGCGCCGGAUCAACGGAGCCAAGACCCUCACUCGCCAGCCCGCCUUUCAGCCCGAGUUCAUGACAUCAGGAGCUUUGGACUUUCUGAGGGAGGCUCAGGCGUCUCCCGUGCCGGACUCCGGCCUAAGUUCCUCCUCCACGUCGUCCAGUCUGAGCCUGGGGGAGAGCGCCGGCAACCUGCCCGAGAUCUCGGACGAGCCGGCGGCCGACGAGAAGACCGGCAAGCUCAUUGAGUUUUUAACCACCAGAGCAUGCGGGCCGCUGUGGUGCCACGAAGACAUCUCACCCAAGAGUCACCUUUCCAAAAGUACAGUCCAGCUGACAAACCUCUUGCGCCACGUCGUAUCCGUGCUCAAAGAACCCGACUCUCAGCUGGAGCGGCAGCUGAGCGACGUGGCCCUGCACACGGCGCUGCGCAGUUCCUCACGUCACUACGCCGGACGCUCCUUCCAAGUGUUCCGAGCGUUGCGCCAGCCAGUCCACGCGCACGCCGUCUCCGACUUGCUCUCCCGGCUGGUGGAGGUCGUCGGGGAACACGGAGAGGAGGUGCAGGGCUACGUGAUGGAAGUUUUACUCACGCUGGAGUCUGUGGCGGACAACUUGGCCGAGUGCCUCAAGAAUAACGAACUGGUGGCCAUCUUGACCAGAGCCUCAUCUCCGGAUCGCCUCACCACGCUGAACCUGAUGUCCGACAGGAAGAGCACAGGCCAGCUCAACAGCCGACAUCAGAGGAGCUCCUCCGUGCCUAAGAAGUUCGGCGAAGCCGACAGGUGGUCGGACAGGUGGUCGGACCCGCCUCGCAGCGCCACACUGGACCGCAUCCAAGCGUGCGAGCAGCAGCUGCCGGCGGGCAAAACCCGCAGCCCGCCGUCGUCCAAGGACAACGUGUCGGACCCGGCCGACGUCAACCACCCCGGCAACCUGCUGGCCACCGUCUUCUGGGCGGCCGUGUCGCUGAUGGAGUCCGACUUUGAGUUUGAGUACCAGAUGUCGCUGAGGCUGCUGGACAAGCUGCUGGGCCGCAUGUCGCUGGAGAAGCGGGAGUACCGCGACAGGCUGGAGAAGCUGCAGGAGCAGCUGCAGUGGAGCAGCUUCACGGGGCUCCAGCAGCUGCUGCUCAAGGGCUUCACGUCGGCUGCCACCGUCGACCUCACGCUCAAGCUCUUCUGGCAGCUCACGCCCGUUUCGCGGGUGUCCGUGGUGGACACCUCGCAAGCUAUCGGUUUCCCCUUGAACGUCCUCUGCCUGCUCCCGCACCUUGUGCAGAAUUUCGACGGCCCCACGCUCUUCUGUCAGGAAGUGGCCGAAAGGAUCGCACAGGUGUGCCUGGAGGAGAAGAACGACAAGCUCUCCAACCUGGCCCACGUCAUGACGCUUUACAAGACGCGCUCGUACACCCGCAACUGCUUCUCCUGGGUCAACGUGGUGUGCAGGUACCUGCACGAGGCCUUCUCGGACAUCGCGCUCAGCCUGGUCACCUACAUGGCGGAGCUGCUGGAGAAAGGUCUCCCCAGUAUGCAGCAGACCAUUUUACAAAUCAUCUACAGUCUGCUGAGUCACAUGGACCUGAGUGGCAUUCAAGCCAAACCUUUCAACAUGGAAGUGCUCAGGACCAUAGAGAAAUUUGCUCAGACGGCCCACUGGAGGGAAGCGCUGAACAUCCUUAAGCUGGUGGUGAGUCGCUCGGCCAGUCUGGCGCAGCCUUCCGGCGACCUCUCCUACGAGGACAUCAGCCGCGUGUGGGAGCGCUCGUCCAAGGCCUUGCCUGGGAAAACGCUGGAUUUCCACUUUGACAUAUCCGAGACGCCAGUGAUUGGUCGGCGCCACGACGACCUGCGCGCCUCCCCGGGCCGCGACGGCAAGAGUCGAAUCGCGGCGGUGACCCGCAGCACCUCCUCCUCAUCCAGCUCUCUGGGCUCCACGUCCAACAACGUCCUGGUGCCGGUCAGCUGGAAGAGGCCUCAAUCUUCCCAGAAAAGAACCAGAGAGAAACUUGUCCAUGUUUUGUCUUUGUGCGGGCAGAAAGUGGGUCUCACAAAGAACACUUCGGUGAUUUUCUCCAGCUGCGGCGAGCUGGACCUCGCCGAGCACCGGCCCAGCCCGGCGUCAUCCGAAGACGGAACCCGAGAAGCCGACACGACGGACGACACCGCCUCGGAGCAGCAGUUUCGAGUCUUCCGGGACUUUGACUUCCUGGAUGUGGAGCUCGAAGACGGAGAGGAGUUGCUGGGUGAGACGGUGGACAAUUUCAACUGGGGCGUGCGCCGCCACUCGGCCGACAGCCUGGACCGGAGCGGCCCGGGCGGCGCCCUGGAGGAGAGCCAACUGUCGGGCAGCACGCCCAGCCUGAGCCGCGUCCUCGCCGGCGAGGACGACUCGGACGACUUCUCCGAGGAGGAGUCCCUCUCGGCCGCCCAGGCCGCCAGUCUCCCCCCAAGCGCGGAGAUCCAAAAGAUGGAUUCUCCCUCCUUUUGCAACUCCACGCCACCCGGCGGCAAAAAUCCCUCUUUUGAGCUCCAGCUGCCGAAGGACUCGAAACAGCGGUUCUUCCAAGCGGAUGAAGACGCAAACGAGGAGGACGCGUCGCUCUCCAUCAGCUGCCUCCCUCCCGACUUUGACGACGCUUUGGAAGUCACGCACCCUUUCUACAAAGACAUCCACGGCUGCUUGCCCAGCCUCGCAGAGGAGGAGGGAGACGACGGCGCGCCGGAGUCGGACUCUUCGCCGCCCCCCUCGCCCUUCUUCUCCGCCAUCCUGGCGGCGUUCCAGCCGGCGGCGUGCGACGACGCCGAGGAAGCCUGGCGCGCGCAUCUGAGCCAGCUGGCGUCCGACUCGGACGGCUCCUGCGCCGUCUACACCUUCCACGUCUUCUGCUGCCUCUUCCAGAGCAUCCAGAGCAAAUGUAGCUCUCUGACCUCCGACGCUGUGAGUUACCUCAAUGACGGCCUGAAAGGACUAGGAGCAAAGUUCCUCAGGUCCUCUCAAAUGCUGACCACCUGCGCCGAGUGCCCCUUGUUGCUUAUCGACGCCGACACGGUCAUGUCCUACGGACUCCUGGAGAAAAUGAAAUUCAGCGUGCUGGAGCUGCAAGAGUAUCUGGAUACGUACAACAGCAAAAAGGAAGCCACUGUCACGUGGCUGAGCAGCUGUAAGGCCGCCUUUCUCCAAAGUCCCGACAGCACAGCCAGCGCACGGGAGCAAAAGCAACUGGAGCUGUGUCAGAGACUCUACAAACUCCACUUCCAACUCUUACUGCUGUUUCAGUCGUACACCAAGCUGGUUGAGCAGGUCUACGCAGUCAGCUCCCAUCCCAAACUAAGCAACAUGUCCCAAGAGCUGAGCGACUUGAGGAGCCACCUCAAAGCGGCGUGGGUGGAAGAUGACCAAAGAGCGUGCGGUGAGCCGUCCACCUUUAGCACGGCCGAGGCGGCUGUGCAGGCCAUCCUGGAAGUUCUCAAGAGCGACGGCUUUGCCUCGGCCAUUUGCUACAUUCGGGAGUGCAGAACAUCUUGGCCCAAAGACAUCUUCGGCGGCCCCUCGGAAGACGAGAUCCAGACGCUGCUCAACAUUUACUUCCGCCACCAGACGCUGGGCCGCACGGGCACGUUGGCUCUGGUGGGCUGCAAGCGGGACCUGAGCGACGUCUCGGCCCAGCUGACCCAGCUCAACGGCGAGAUGCGCGACGUGAUGAGCCGGACGCGGGGCCACCGGCCCGUCGUCGCCUUCCUGCCCGACGCCAAGGUGUCGGGCUCCACCCUGUGACCGCCACGCGCUCGCCAGCUUUUCUUGCACUGCUAACACGCCAUUCACAGGCAAGUGCGCCCGGAAAGUAUUCGUACAAAUCUUUAGUCGCGGCCUUUUUCCAAAAUACAAUCAAUGAAUUCCCUUUUCCCCUCAGAAUUCCAAACAAGGAAUUUGUUUGCAAACGUAUUCAAAAUAAAUGUUAAAUGGCACAAGAUCCCAAUGUGACAUUAAUUCAUUUAAAAAUGCAUAUCGUCCAUAAAUGUCCACAAUUACCAACAGUCUUUGCUCAAGACUUUUCGAUGCACCUUUAACAGCCAUUACGGUCUGAAAUCUUCUUGGCACGUCGAUUUUCCCCUUUGGUCUUGGCAACGCGGUAAAUACUUUCCAGACGCACAGCCGCACGCUAAAUGGAAAUAACAUACCAAAGCUUUGCAAUUCAUCUUAAAGGGAAUUGUGCAAUGAUCUUCCACACACGUGGAUUUUUUUACUGUGCAGUAAAGAAUGUAUCUGAGAGGGAAAUGUAAUAAAGGAGGAUGUGUUACUUAGUAGUGUGCGUGUGUGUGUGUGCAUGUGAGUGUGUGUUUGUGUGCGUGCGUGCGUGUGUGUGUGUGUGUGGGGGGGGGGAUUCUGGCAGACAUUUUAGAUGAGAAUUUUUGGACGCCAAUUUCAAUCGACUGCCGUCAAACUACUUUGAAAUGCUGCAGAUCUACUGUAACACUAUGAGUACUCCCAAAAAAAAAUAAUAGUGUUUUGUACGCGGAAUAGCUUUUUAGCAAAUGACAUGAUUUCUAUUUAAGGAACCCUAACCUUAUUUUUCGAGCCUGUCACACACACUUGCAAAUCUUAGUCUGUUAAUGAACAAAUUUAUUUUCAAUGAAUAACUGUACAUAGCGCCUUUGGAACUUUAUUGAGUCUAUUUUUAUCAACUUGCAAUGUGAUUUGCAUACUAUAGGGAGUAGAGGAGAUACAUAUUUUUAAAGCUGUAGUAGCACUGGUAGUUGGAUUUUGUAAAUAGUCUUUGCCUUUGCCAUGAACUGAAAAUGGUGUGUACACUUAUGUCACAAUAAAAAAUAUCAAAUG